CUCUUUCGUCACACUAUUUUGAAUUGUUAAAGAUCGUAAUUGAGAUGCUUUAUUUACUUCCGUUUUGAAGGAUUAAUGGAAAUAUAUAAAGAAACAAUGAGGAACAUAAAAUUGAUUAUAUAUACAAUAUGUAUGUUUCAACUUGUUUACAACACGACAGGAGAGGUUGAUAAACAAUGUUUAGAUGAUUGUGCAUGCUGUAGAGAAGGAAAAUGUAAACAAGGGCAAUGGUAUCCAAACGAAUGUACUCUAGGCUGCAUAGAUGGUCAUAGAGGUGCACGCUGCUCUGAACUAUGUACACACAACUGUACACAAUGCCCUGAUCAUGUAGAUUCAUGUACUGCGUGUUAUGAUGGCUAUUAUCCCGGCUCUGCUGCAGACUGCACAUCAAAGUGUUUACCCGGAUGUAAAACAUGCAAGUCAGGAACUACGUGUACAUCAUGCAAGGAGGGAUAUUAUAACGCCGUUGGUCAAAAUGAUUGUCGUAAUCAUUACUGUCCUGAAAAUUGUAAUUGUGAUAAUGGUCAGUGUGCAUCAUGUAAGGACGGAUAUUACAAUAACAGUAAUUUAUGCAAUAGUUUAUGUCCAGGCAAGUGUGUCACGUGUUUUUCGAAUACUGUUUGUAAAUCGUGUAAGGAUGGUUAUUAUAUAGGUUAUCCGAACGACAACACUAACCUUUCUUUGUUGAACGACUGUACAUACAAAUGCCGGGAUAACUGUAUACAAUGUUUAUCCUUUGACAGUUGUUUGGCUUGUAAAACUGGUUUUUAUGGAUCAAACUGUAGGAACAGGUGUUCAGCUGGUUGCAUGUCAAACACUUGCGAUAUAUUAACUGGCAAUUGUGACUGUUUUCCAAACUUUGCUGGGGAAUUAUGUGAUAAAUGCACAACCGGAAAAUAUGGAAGCAUGUGCGAUCAACAAUGUCCUGCAUGGUGUAAAGGUAGUGUUUGUGAAAAGAAUUCCGGAGAUUGCACAGACGGUUGUACUACAGCUAUGUUCGUAGGUGAUAAAUGUGACGAUUGUUCAACAGGCUGGUAUGGAGUAUACUGUAACAUAUCUUGUUCUGCUGGCUGUAAAAAUCAGCAAUGCGAAAAAAGUAAUGGGAAAUGCUCAUUUGGAUGUCUUGAUAACUUUGAAGGACAGAAGUGCAAUCAAUGUUUUUCUGGCAAGUGUAACCUUAUCGUUUUCAGUGCGUUCAAGGGCUAAUCCCUUUUUAUAUGCCCGAAACAAUUUCGGGCAUAUUAUGUUAUACCUCUUGCGUCUGUACGUCCAUCCGUCCGUCCGUUAGCAAUUUGGCUCCCGGAGCUUUACAAACUUAGGUCACUUUUACCUUAAAACUGAAAACAGUUUCCGCUCAAAUACUUAAGUAUUAAUCCACCUUUCACUGUAAAAUUUUAUAGGCUGAACAGCCAAGUCCAUUACA